UUUCCAAUACUCACCACCAGUCUCCCCCUUAAAUGGUUGUGACCACUAGAUAGACUGCUUCCUAUGAAAACAGGAGAUGUUCAUGGGUUGUGUGGAUUUUGAUUCUGAUAUGGGUUUGGUGGUCUGUUUUUGUUUGGUGUUGGGGCUUUAAGGGGUUUGAGUUUGUUUGGAUGGUUUGGUAGGUAAAUUCAUGGAAACCCCAUUUCGUUCGGGUUGGAUUGAAAUCGUCAGUAUUGAUCUUUCCAUCCCAUUGUUGGGAUUUGAAGCUUGGUUAAAUUCAUGAAAAUCAUCUUCAUCAAAAUAUUUGUUGGUCUUGAAGUGGGAGGAUGUGGAAAUAGGAGAGCCCAAGGAGGGAGAGAUCCGUGUGAAAAACAAAGCGAUUGGGCUCAAUUUCAAUGAUGUCUAUUUCCGCACAGGGUUGUACAAAACAGCCUUGCCUUUCACUCCAGUGGUCAGGAUCACUAUUUCAGCACGAUUAUUGGAUCAUGGAUCAUCCAUAUUAGUCGCAGAAGAUGGAUGGUUCUGACUAUCAAUCCAUUGCUGCAUGUGGGAAGUGCCCUUGUGCAUGAGAAUUGACAAGAUGAAGGAAUUUUAGUUUACUCAGCAAAUGGUGGUGGAGAUUUGGCAAGGAGAACAACGCUUUGUUGCACAACAUUAGUGUGGAGAAAAUACAGUGAAUCAGAUAGGGGCUGGAAGCAAGGUGUCAGAAGCAGGCAGCUCUCUCAAAAAUGUGGAAACAAAUCAUGGCUUUGGGUGAUCAGUCAAAGCCCUGGGACAAACUGUUGGAGGGAGGAUUUCAUUUCGUGGUAAACAGUGGAAAAUCAGUCUGGUUUUGGGAAGAUGAAUGGGUCGAUGAUGUUUGCUGGCCACAAAAUUCUCAAGGCUUUUCAGAAUCGUGCGCGCAACAAAGGAGCUUCUGUGAGACAAUGUCUUGAGUAUCACGAACAUAAACAGGUGUGGAUCAUCACCAAUAGAAGGAAUCUCAUGGUGGUAGAGAUGGAAGAUCUCCAUGCCUUACUACACCCGUUGGAAGAGUUGCAUCUCAGUCACCAAGGCCGUGAGGCAGCUGGAGUGGUGACAGCUGUGGGACCGGGACUGACCGGCAUGAAAGUGGGGGAUGUUGUUGCUUAUGCUGGAAACCCAAUGGGAUCUUACACUGAAGAACAGAUCCUUCCUGCGAGUGUUGCGGUGCCUGUUCCACCUUCUAUCAAUCCAAUUGUUGCAGCAGCCAUAAUGGUUAAGGGUAUGACAGCACAGUUCCUUGUUCGCCGAUGUUUUAAGAUUGAACCUGGGCACACCAUCCUUGUCCAUGCAGCAGCCGGAGGCAUUGGAUCUCUACUCUGCCAGUGGGCACAUGCCCUGGGUGCCACUGUCAUUGGAACCGUGUCAACCGAAGCUAAAGCGGCUCAAGCGGUUGAGGAUGGAUGCCACCAUGUCAUAAUCUACAACCAAGAGGACUUUGUCAGCAGCGUUGAUAAGAUAACGUCUGGCAAAGGAGUCAAUGUCGUCUAUGAUUCUGUUGGGAAGGACACAUUCCAGGGAUCGUUGGCGUGCUUGAAGCCUCGGGGAUACAUGGUGUGCUUCGGGCAGUCAUCUGGUAUGCCAGAUUCAGUUCCAUUGUCGGCCCUCGCUGCCAAAUCCUUGUACCUGACGAGGCCCUUGCUUACACGAUACAAUGCUACACGAAAUGAGCUGCUGGAAGCUGCCAGAGAACUGUUUGCCAGCAUUGCGUCAGGUUUGCUGAAGGUCCAUGUUAACCACACCUACCCUCUGUCACAUGCCGCACAGGCUCAUGCGGACCUCGAGGGAAGGAAAACCACCGGUUCUGUGGUGUUGAUACCGGACUCCAACUAAUAUGCAUUGCAAACACAAGGCAUUUGGAAGAAACUAAAAUGGUCUUUUAAUAUAUAUAUAUAUAUAGAUAAAAAUUAUGAACUUGGAGAGUGAAAAUUUAGUGAAUGCAUGUACGCGGAAGCAAUUAUGCAGGUUGGAAUGAACGUUUGCAGGGCGUGCAUCAGCACAGAAUACACGGCCAUGCAAGAAUCAUGGGGUGCAAAGUGGAAGCUUGAUUCUGGAUUGGAAUUGAAGCCGUCAUUUUUAGAUCCAGUUGAUGUCUCAGUACUCAGGCAAGACACUAGUGGCGAGGAACAUUAUUCCAGCAGGGUGGGCGGUACCUACCACUCCUUUGUUAACCAUAAGUGAAUCUGCCGAUGUCCAGAUCGCUAUUUACAUGCUUGCCAGACAUGUAAAGAUGUAAAUAGAUGUUGGUAUUUGUAUUUUGUGGUUGGAAUGGUUGUUGUAAGAUUAUAAAUGGAGUGUGCUGAGCUUGUACGUGCAUUUUAUGGUA